GUUCUUUUGCAUCGAAAGUGCAUUUCCUUCGACUCACUGCCCAAGGCUACACUUUUGGGAAAGUAAUUGUUUGGUGGUGCACCAUUACUACCUUUUCCGGCAAAUCCGCCGAUCGACUCUCGCACCUAGCACCGGAAACGGGGGGAAAACCAAUUGUUGACAAAUAUAAUUAAAUCACCACAGUGGAUUCCCUUCAAAGCGGACCACCAAGCUUCGUGUUGAAAGCGACCGGGUGAACGGCAGAAGCCAUCCAAGUUUUGACCACGAAUUGUGAGCCACCGAAGCCAACCAUCAGUGCAUGUGGCUGUUUACUGAAGCUGCAGCAGCAUUUCGUUACAGUUAGCUUUCGCUCACGACGAUCCGCUUGAUCCCGGCUGUCCGCGAGCUGGCGAACGUCGCAGCUGAGAGGGAGAACAAGAAAACAACAGAACACGGCAAACCACUUUCGAGUGUGGUGGAAGGUGCAACACGGCGGGAGAGCGAUCCGGAGGGCGAGUGCGCUAUCUGGCAAGCAGGGAGGGGGGGGGGAUGCUUGCAGAUCAGGAACCUAGAUAAAGUUGAAAACUAGAACCGGACGAAAGCAUAAGAAAGAAAGCAACACGAUAGAGAGAGGGAAAAACUGGUAUCGGAAAGCUCGGCGCAGCCACCAACGCGUGGCAGCAUAGUUCCAGUUUCACAUAGCACACGGUAGUAGCACAGCAAAAAGCUAACGGAACCCUUUUUUGGGUGAUCUCUCUGUACAGCACAGUUGACCAACAAACAUGUCGUCAAACGGAGGGUACAAUCUAACGGCCGACGGUGAGCUCCGGUAUGUUGUGCAGUGGUUCGGCGAGUGGAGUGAUUUCCAGCGGGAAGACUUUGUGCCGUACCUGGUGUCGUACCUGACGCAGCAAGCCGGAGGGGCGGUGUACGUGAACGGGCUCAUCAGCGCAAUGGCACAGAUCAACCCCGGUCAGGACAAACCGAUGAGCCUGUUUCAAUGCAGGGUAAAACUGUUUAACGAAUGGUGCAUCAAAUGGCCGGAAGAAUUUAAGCCCAAGCUGCUCGAACGGCUAGAACAGAUCGAUAGCACAUUCGGCACCCGGAUACGCACCGAGCUGGACAGCGUCGGCACAAAGCCGGUGAACGGUUGCGCGGAGGAAAAUGGGACGCUACUGACAAAUGCCGAUGCGCCGUUGCGAGAUUUGGAGGAUGAUUCGGACCCGGUCGCAUUGAUCGUGAACGCGGAACCUGUUAUUGUUGCGCCAAAUGCCAUUCUCGUUGCGGAUGAAGACUAGAGCUAGAGGGGACGCGUGAUGAUAUGAACAAUCCAAUUUGGGCGUACCUAUCCAUGUUCGGGUGUUCUGUUUGUUGAGGCAGACCCCCGUUCGUGAGCAGUGCAUUUUCGUGGCUAUGCCAUUUAUUAUACUGUGUAGCGCAUGAUCGCACCAGAUACUAAUAUUUAUUACAUUACUGAUCGUUACAUGUAGCCAUUCCAGCGGACGAUACCGUCUGAUCCUUCUAGACACAGUUGCAUUAUUUAAAUAUUACAUUUUUUCACUAAACCAUUCCAACAUUGUUGAUCAAACUCGAUCGUGAAGAAUCUCGCGCACUCUGUCCCAGCAACGAGCAAUCUCUCAUGCCAAUUAUGUCCUAAUCGGACUGAUCACAGAAUGCAAUGAACUUUUGGAUGUAAGGAAGGAAUAAUAAAUUGACUGCACCGAUAGCAUGCCUGACCAGUUUGGAAAGGACCGGAAAACGCAAAUUCACCGUUGCUUGUAUCGAAAUGGGGUUUCAAAGAAUGCCACAGCGCGAUCGUUCUUCCGCUUACCGUAUCGUAUUGUAGGACUAGUGUAAAUGAGCAUAUUCUGCGGAAUAAAAUAUAUACAUUAACAAUCCUUUCAUAAAAAA